AUGCACAGUGCCCCGACUCCAGAUGAUGCACAAGCUCUUCGGGAUAUCACACUCGCUCAUGAACAUCUCAUGAUCUGCUUCUGUGGAGUGGACAAGGAGUCAGACGUGCCCACGCGAGUGCUGGAGGAGGCAAUUCAAAAGAUUGUGCGCAUUAAGCUGCAAAUGGGGGACAAGCACCUAAUUGGCCUUGCUAAGGAACAGGGAUCGACGUUUGUGGUCGAGCAGGAGUUUACGCGAAACGUGGCUGCUCUAGUGGCAGCUGUUCCAACGGUCCUGAGCUCAGCUGGCCACGGUGAUGUAGUGGACUUGGACGCGCUUCUAGAUGAUGCUGUUCGCUACUUUAGUGCACAUCGAGACAUGGAACGUCAGGCUACCUCGUCAUUUCGUCUGCUGCUGGUUUAUAGGCAAUUAAAACAGAGCCCACAGAUCCGUGUCGUUCAGCAAGAGACACCAAACAAGUUCAUCACUGAUCCUGUCUUUCAUUUGGACGUCAUCUACUGGCAUCAAGAUGUCUCGCUGGAAAUCGCUCAGCACGUGUUCGACCAGCUCUGCUCGUUUGACAACACCAACCCGUUGGCCAAAUUUUACUUCCAAGAAGUUAGUGGAUCAGUCGAGAGAUUGCACCAGGCCCUCGUGCUGGCGCUGUCGCACCCGGCACAUCGAUCGAGUCAACGUGCCGCUGAUCAGUUUCUGAGUUCGUGGUUCUCCCCGAGCAAAACUGUCGAUACUUUCAGGCAGCAGAAUUAA